GUGAUAAACUUAUUAAAUAGAUGUGAGAUGAACAGCAGGCGAGUGACGGCUGCGAUGGAGCAGCAGAAUAUGCGCGAGUUCCUCCAGCUCUACAACUCCAUGACCCAGUUCUGCUUCGAUAGCUGUGUCCACUCUGUGGGCAGUAACAGAUUGGCCCAGAGUGAAAACAGAUGUCUGGACAGAUGUGCUGCAAAGUUGUCAAAUGUGAACCACCGGCUGAUGAGUGAGUUUACGAAAGAGAUGCAAGUUUACUCGGAGAAAAAGAUUCAGGAAUUACAAAAGAAGACAGCAACCAUAGAACAAUCUGCACAACAGAAGUGAACCCAGUCAUGAGGCGGAAAGGAGUUGCUUUUGUACUUAUGCUUCAGUCAACAAUUACAUUUUCCCAGAUUGUCAGUAUGGCAAAAAGUCGCCACAUGUCAAACAAUUGUUAACCCUUCAAA